UUAGUUAACUAUCAAAAAAGAAAAGUUUAAAUUAUAUUGGUUUGUUGUUGUUUGUUCGUAAGAGUUAAAUUUAAUGACAGAAGAAAUGAAUAAACAAAGUUUACGUGAUUUAAUUACUAGAAGAACGUCCGCCAAAGGACAAAUUACAAAAUUUAAAAAUUAUUUAAAUAGCAUUGCAGGUUUAAUAGAACUAAACAACGUUCAAUUAACGGAGUUAGAUUUAAAACUCACUAAAUUUGAAGCUUUGUCUAUGAAGGUUGAUGAUUUGCAGAGUGAAAUAGAGGUUUUAAAUUAUGAAAAUAUUUCGGCUGAAAUUGAGGAACGCGAUAAAAUUGAGCAAGAUAUAAUUAUGAAUAUAGCAAAGGCAAAAACUUUAGUCGAAAAAUUCUCCAAAAAAUUAGAAUGCGAAAAAAGGCGCAACUCGGGUCACAACGCGUCAUGUUGUAUAGAUGAUCCUAAUCACCCCCACGAAUUAGGAUUGAAACUCCCUCAAAUUCAAAUAGCCAAAUUUGAUGGCGCAUAUUUCCGUUGGUUGGAGUUUAGGGAUACUUUUGAAAAUCUUAUACAUAAGAAUGAUCGCAUAUCAGACAUCCAUAAAUUCCAUUACCUCGUAUCUUAUUUGCAAGGCGACGCGGCCAGGAUUAUUUCAAAUUUGGAGGUGUCAACCAACAAUUAUGCUGAAGCGUGGAAGAUAAUUUGCAAUAGAUACGACAACAAAAGAAUAUUGAUUAAUCAUCAUUUAACAUCAUUAUUUAAUAUUAAACAGCUUCCACGGGAAUCCGAGCGAUCUUUGCGAUUUUUGGUUGACCACGUGACAAAAAAUUUGCGCGCUUUAACAAGUCUAGGACAACCCACUGACAAAUGGGAUGUACUAAUAAUAUUUAUGUUAUCAUCUAAGUUAGAUAUCAAUACGUUGUCAAAAUGGGAGGAAUAUCGCAACAAUCUGGAAGGCGACGUGCCUACCCUCGAACAAUUUUACAAAUUUAUGAUAGACCGUGCUGAUGUGCUCGAGUCAUUAAAUCGUAAUAAUCGGUCUGACGUCACUGGCGUGUCAAAGAUGACCAGUGGUCCUGUGCGUUCUAUGUCUAAUAAUAAUUAUAUUCAAAGGACAGGUCAAAAUCAAAACAAUGUCGUAAAAUCGUUUGCGAGCACCAGCAAUAAUUAUAACAAAAACCCAAAUACUACGUUUAUAUGUAUUAUUUGCAAUGAGCGUCAUAGGAUAUAUGAUUGUCCGACGUUUAAGGCGAAGGGGGUUGACGAGCGAAUGAUGGACGUGACGAAAUAUAAAUUGUGUGUUAAUUGUUUAAGACAAGGUCACCCCGAAAGCGAGUGUCGCAUGGGUCCAUGCCGUGAACGCGGCUGCUCCAAGCGUCACAAUAGUUUGCUCCAUCGCCCAUCAUCCUCCUCAAGCCACCUCGCUCUCAUUGAUGAACAAGAUGGUAAUGAAGUUAUCGUUAACUAUUCUAAUCAAAAUACAAAUCAGGUGUUAUUAUCUACAGCUAUUAUUGAAGUAUCGAAUCCAGUUGAUCAUCAAAAGGUCAAAGUUCGUGCUCUUUUAGAUUGCGGAAGUCAAUCGUCAUUUAUAUCUGAGUCCCUAAAGACCAGGCUGUCAUUAAAGUCUCGCCACAUUGACACACUAAAGGUCAUUGGUAUAGGCAACACUUCUUCAAUGAAUGUAAUUGAAAGUUGUGAUAUUCAAUUGAAAGCAACAAAUAGCAAUUUUAGUGCAAUGUUAUCGUGUUUUGUUUUAAAUGAGCUCACCGGUCGUUUACCAAAGACGCCGGUUGACGUCGAGUCAAUUAAAUUACCAGAAAAUAUUCAGUUGGCUGACCCCUUGUUUUAUCAGCCAGCCCCCAUAGAUGUACUAAUAGGUGCUGAUCUCUUCUGGGACAUUCUAGGCAACGAACAACGUUCCCUAGGACCCAACAAUCCUAAGUUAAGGAGUUCACAGUUAGGUUGGAUAAUCUCUGGCCCCAUAAAUUCAGCAGUAUCUAGCAAAAGGAUACACUGUAAUCACGCCAUUGUCUCUUCAUCGCAAAAUGAAAAUAUAGAACAGUUAGUUUCUAAAUUUUGGGAGUUAGAAGAAGUUCCGAAAAGGUCAAGCGUAAGUGAAGAUGAAUGCGAGUGUGAAAGGCACUUUCUCGCUAAUACUAUAAGAGAUGAAGAAGGUAGGUUUUGUGUCAAAUUACCUUUAAAAGAAUCAGUAGAUUGUUUAGGUGAUAGCUACAAUCGUGCGAAAAAACGAUUCAUUAAUUUAGAAAAACGUUUCAAGCGUAAUCCAAACCUCAAAUCUGAAUACACAAAAUUCUUAAGAGAAUAUGCAGAAUUAGGGCAUCUCUCUGUAUCUAGCUAUAAUAGUUCACCGGUCCCUCUCCCAGCGUACUACUUGUGUCAUCAUGCGGUCAUACGUCAAGAGAGCGAGUCUACCAAGCUCCGCGUAGUAUUCGACGGCUCAGCCUCUUCUACAUCAGGUUACUCAUUGAAUGACAUUUUAAUGGUAGGUCCCAAUGUCCAAGACACCCUCUUUUCCAUCUUAAUUCGGGCAAGGCAAUACAAGUACCUGCUCACUGGAGAUGUGGAAAAAAUGUAUAGGCAGGUGCUUGUCAACGAAAGUGAUAGGAACUUGCAGCUAAUUUUGUGGAGAGAGGACGAGUCACGCCCCAUCCAAACGUUGGUCUUAAAUACCUUAACCUAUGGCACAGCAAGCGCAAGUUACCUCAGUACACGAU